GCCGACAGGGAAUGACGUGAUUCUGUACCCUUGUAGGAGGAACGUUGGCCAUCCUGUGCGAUACGUUCAGUUGUCGUUGUUCCGCAGCCAAAUCAAGAGGUCAGAUGUAGUAGAAAUGGCAAAACACAUGCAUUCCUUGAUUUUUUAUGCCAAUACCAACAAACAUGUAGCCGCGUUGUAUGAUGGGCCGCAGAUGGGACUCUUGCGCAGGAGAGGAGCGCAGCUAAGGUACCCCUGAGUCUCCAGAAAAUCCCACACGACCAUGCUUCACUGUAACGCUGCCCUCAGCGGAGCGGAUAUGAAACUAAAAUUGUGUACAGCCUUGCGUUGGCGUUGCUUCGAUGCGCACAGCAUCACCGCCAUCCUCCCCCUCUUCAUUUUCCAACUGGACGAUGGAGGAAGUCGUAAACCGCGAAAAGACAUCGGAAUACGAUUGCCGCGAAGGGGACAUCCUCAUGGCUCACUCCCCAAGAAAUACCCCGGCUGUGCAAACACAACAAGGAAAACUAGGCACAGCAGGCAACCCAGAAUCCAACAUAACCGGGUUACCUUUCUACUUCUUGUAGCAAGAGACAGGCAAACCUAUUUAUACACACUGCAAAUGAGCAAGCCUCGACACGUGGUUUUGUCGGCCCUCCGGCUGUCCGACAGGCACACACAUCAACCCGCCGGGGUCGGUCACCGUGAAUCGCUCGGUGCGAAGCCUUCUAACAGCCAUCUCUGACGACUCUCCUUUUGAAAACAUAAUCGUUCUCUUCCAGUUGAUCGCUCACUCUUGUCGUUUCCAUUAUUGUUCCCGUUUUUUCAACUUUUCGUCCACAGAAUGGCGAGGAAAGGUAGCACGCAGCGACGGCGAGGCGGGUUCGAGACUAAGCCCCGAGAGUUGAUCGCAUUUUGCAUGGUAGGAGCCUUGUUGCUCUCCAGCGGUCAGGCUGUCGCACGUCAGCUUCGUGAAGAAAAUCAGGAUAUGUCUGUAGAAGAUAGCCACCAAACUAUCGAGCCAUCAAUCAGUGGAACACGUGCAAGCUGUAACUUUGCUGCGGCAGGAGGUGCAGGGGCACUUGCGGCGGCCAAUGCAAGUAGCAGCUUGACGUUAUCGAAAGAACAUCUGAAGGCUACUUUGAAUUGUUCUGGUGAUGGUAAAAACCAAAUAUCCACAAUCCCCAAGGAUCUGGGAACAAAAGUGUGCGACCCAAGCAAGCCAGGCAACGAAAGUGACGGAUGCACGAUUCAGAAAAGCAAACUAAGCGGCGAAGCAGUUGAGCUGCGAAGCCUGCUGGGGGCGAACCGCAGCAUCCAGUGGACACAAGCGGACAAGGUGAGUCGUGACGAGGUAUCCAACACCGAAUGGAGCUUGGAGCUACUGGAGUCAGACUUACCUUUGACCCAGAAGACUUUUUUCGUCGGGUGCCAGAAGACUACAUCAGCCCGGUCCGCUUCUGUGAAACUUGCGUCGACCUGUACUGUGACAGUGAACGUCGAAGCGAGAGCUUCUGCCGCAGAAGGUAAUGUUGUUACCUGCGCCUACGGCAAAGACAGUAACACUACUCUUUUGGAAGUGGACAUGACAACAGAAAAUAACACCCUGACAAUGGACUGUGGUUCCGAGGGGACGUUGAGUCCUGAGACAACGAGCGCUCAAUACUGUGAUCCACAAAGCACAGACUUGAAAAACUGCACGAAGAAGUUUGUCGACAUUCUGCCGAAGUUUGUGACUGACUGGUGGACAAAGGCGACGUCGGGUAAUGCCUCUACACUGACAAUCCCAACGACGGACUUCCCAGAAUCAGAACAGCAAUUCCGUUUGGGUUGCGUCCCCAACGCAGCCUCGCAGAGCGAUAGAAAAGAUGGCAGGGUAAAUCAACAGCCACAGGCCUCCGCGCCGACGAGUUGCAGUGUGUUGGUGACUGUGAAGGCCUCCAGCUCUGCUUCGUACGCGUCACCAGGUCUUCAAGUGUUGAUUGCAGUCUCAGGCGGGGCGGCCGUGACAGGGCUCGUUGGUGCUUCGUUGUAAGAGUCCUGGUGUUCCUGAUGACUGCCUGUUACAUUUGCUGGUCUUUGCCGCAUGUGAAUUUCACUUGCGACUGAUCUGUAUGUUCAUGAACCGAAGCCUUCAAAAUAUCUGUGCGGCCUCCUUUGGUUUUAGCAGUUCACUUUUUGCUCAUGCCAUAUCCUACGCGUGGAUACACAGAGAUGUUGACGGUUUGAUCGCAGAUGCAUCUCUCCAAUAUAGCAUACGUGCAGCAAACCCGUUUCCGUUUGACUCAUCUGCGCACGUAUCUGGAAGGCACUCUGCGUGAGCACGCCAUGUGACCCAAGAAAGAGCCGUACAAUAUGCACUCUGGUCACAGACAUAUUUCACUUGCGACGCGUGAAUGUCUAGGCAAGCACGUGUGCGUAUCUGGACAAAAAGAAACAAAUCUGUUCGAGCGUCUUCAGUUUUCCGAUGCAUCUCGGCUGGCAGCGAACGAGUUCGUCUUUCCCUGCCUGGUGGCACACCGAGUACUGGCACCUCUUCUUAAAAGACGUUUGUGCACAUCUCGCAGCGUUCUGCUGCUCAUCCGGGGGAGGGUACUUCCGUAACGGGCGUCAGUAAAAGUCAAGAUUCUUCUCCUGGCCCUCUUUCACUUGCCUCCAAGUGAAUGACGCAUAGUUCCUUCUGCCCAGUCCUCGACCGCGGUGAUUCGGUGAUACCUUGAGGUGGCCUAUGCUUCCCAAAUCAUCUUCUGUCUCUCCCUCUGCUGUCACAAAUGACUACCAUCGAGUAAAGGGCAAAUUGGGGAUUUU